AAAUUAAAAAAAAACAAUAAGCAGUAAGAUAGCGCGAUAUUUUACGUGUACAAUAAAUGCAAUUUGUAUGAAGAACAUCAUGGAAAAGGAAUACAUGUACAUAAUAUUUCCUCUUCUAUUCUCCCUUUGUUGUCACCAAGCAGAAGGAAUAUUAAACUUGGCAGAUGUAACAGUAUAUGUCGAUGAAUUUAUCAUAAACUUGGGGGAAGAAUUUGAAAAUGGAGACAUUGAUAAUGCUGAAACCAUUGUUCUUAAUUUAUUAAGAAGUGUUCCGGGGUUUGGAAAUGUUGUGAAACUAUUUGUUAGCGGCGGGAAUUCGGAAAUAAACGAACUUUAUAGAAAAUUAGAUCAAAUGUCACAUGAUGUAUCUCAAAUUAAGGCGGUGGUACAAACAAUACCAUCAAUAAUACAAAUAUCUGUCAUUCAAAAACAGGUCGCUGAAGACGAACGGGAAAUUAACAAUUGUUAUUUGGACUCUUUAAGUUAUCUUAAUAACCCCACCGGGUCUCCGGAAAUUGAUAGAAUGAAAACGUGCUAUGACAAGUUUCAGUAUGUUAGGGAUGUUAGUCGGAUUCUUCAAGGAGAAUCGGUUACUUUUAAUCAACACUCUUUGUUUAAAGAAGUGAAAUUGAAGAGUGGUUUUUGCAAUGGAACUGAGAUAGUAAACAUAUUCAAAUAUCUCUAUGGACUUUUUACAAAAGGAUGCAUAGCUGUCGGACUUGCAGAACAAGUAAAAUUCGAAAAUAGUACCAGAAUCAACGACGAAUGUCAGUCAUUUGUUCCACGCAUUUUUACUUUUAUCCGUGAAUUCUACUCUACUUGUCAGACUUUCGAUUUAUGUAGCGUGGAAAAAGAACACAAUUUCAUGCUUCAAACGAUAUCAUCGGACGUGGAAAACAGUAUUAAAUUUUUCAAAAUUUUAUUCCCGUGGUACGAAGCCACAUUAAUUAGAACGUCCUCUCCUUUAGAUUACGAAAUACUGGAUUCUACCAGAACGCCAUCAGUCAUGACAGUUCAGAGGGGGUUUACUUAUUAUUCUGUUCUUUGGUUUCCAGUCAAGACGAUGUUUUUGCACACAAACGCAAACAACGUUUCCAGUUUUCAAGUGAAAUUUGAGGGAGCUUAUGAAAUAGAAAACGGUUUGAACUUAACUAUCGUCCGUCAUAACAAAGAGAUUGUGCUUUGGGGAUCAGUGAACGUAUCAGCUUUGAACGUACGUCUGUUCAAUCCCUGUAAACACAAAAUAAAAGCUCCUAUGCCAGCUGUUAGCAAAACAGGCCUUAAGGAUUGGGAAAUUGCUUUGGUAGUGGUUGGAUCUCUGGUAGCCUUUGUUAUAAUAGUUUGUGUCAUAAAACGUUGCUGUAACAAUAAAGACGAAGAUCAACCUUCAGGCUCAGUUGGUCAUCCAAACAUUAACUUAAAUCAAACAUCAGGCACACUUGGUUACGCAGACACUAACUUCAAUCAAAUAACAAGCUUAGAUGAUUUUUAUAGACACUAACUUCAAUCAAACAUUAGGCCCAGCUGGUUUCCCAACUACUUCCUUCUGUGAGGAAGGACAAAGGAAUACUGACAAUAAUUGUUGCAGAAUGUGUUAGUUUGGUUUCAGGGACAUAAAAUAACCUUUAAAAAAUUGCAAUUUUUCAUUAUAUAUCUUAGCUAUAAAUUAAAAUUCUACAAUUGUUUAUGGAAUUAAGAGUGCCUGGUUUGCCACUCAAAGACCUGCAGAUAAACAAAAUACUUUGAAAUAUGCUAAUUAGAAGACGUAAAUAAGUUAAAUUUAAUUAGGAUCCGAUAGCAGUUCACAGAUCAAAUAAUUAUUAAUAUAUGGAACAUGUCUUGUUUGCCUGAAAGUGGUGUCCUUGUCUGAUGUCAAGAAUUUAAAAGAAAAAUUUUGACCAAAUAUAAAAAAAAAUGAAUAAAACUCGGGUAUACUUUAUUU